GGAGGGUGGGUGGAUGGAUGGAUGGUGUCGGCCCGGGGCUGGCCAUGGGUGUGGGUGGCCUGACGUCUGUCAGAGUGUCGGUGUAGACAUCGGCAUUGUCUGGUACUUUCUGGUUGCGUACUUAUUUGUGAAUGACUGGCUGCCAGAAUGGAUGAAUGAGGCCCAUGCCUGCCCGUUGACUGACUGUGAUGCAGCCAGCGUGUUGUGGGGGUAAGGGACUUGCUGGGGCCUUUGUCCGCGCAAGUGUCCGCCGUCAGAAGGCCACGGACGGGCCUUGCGGCUGGCUGGUCGACUUACUGGCCUCUCAGGGGCGCGUGUGUGGACGAUAUACAGUUAAGCUGUGGUCGCCGCGUGAACCUGGGAUGUGCCACUCGAAUGAAAUGAGUGUGUUUGUUCUGUCUGGCUUGGUGGCUGGCUGCAUCGGUCGGUGUGUGUGUCUGGAUAGAUGGAUGGAUGACAGACGAAUUCACUAUCAUGUGGUGACAAUCGUGACCCAUGCUUCGUGGAUGUGCGAGAUGCGUGUAGAGGCGUGAGCGUAACGCCAUGCCUGUGUGCAUCCAUGUCGACUUACUCCUACUGACUGACUGCGUAUGUAAUGUAUUUUGGGUCCACGGCUCAUUCGACUUACUCCACUCACCCACCAUGUGCUGUUUGGAUGGAUGUAUAGGCUUGCCCCACUGCACCCACAGACUCCCUGACCUGACCCGACCUGUUCUCUAGACAGGCGUCCGUCCACAGGGAGAGGAGAACAGCCGUUUCUUUAUCGUGUGCUUUGGCCUGAAACACUUCCUCCUGUUUGUCUGCACCAGCCAGAUGUGUUCAUGUGCAGAGAGACGCAACACACACAUACCAACCAUCCACUGACUGUGUGAAUGGCCACAUGCCAGUGGAUCCCUUUGUCAUCCAGCGGUUUUGCUUAGCGCCCCGCGACACGCCCACCCACUCAGGCACACACAUGCCGACACGAAGCACAGCCUUCUCCUGCUGCGCAGGAGCACUGCUCUUUCCGCCGCUGUUUUUCGUCGCUGGCCGCGUUUUUCCAGCCUCCGCCGGACACCACAACUGCGCUUUCGGCCCAUCAAUCAUCCCAUCGACAGCUCCUUGUGCAGCCGUACCUGCCCUGACUGACAUCAGGCAUCCACAUGCAUCCUGCAGGGAGGUACCGACUUUACUCCGGGCUCUUUGCCCCCAGUCUAUGGGAUGGCGGCCCGCAUGCAUUCGCUGUGCCUGUCUGGCUGUUUGUCUGUCUGUCUUGGUCUGUCUGUCUGUGCAGCUGCUCUGAAGGAGAGCCUCUUCAAGGAGAGCGACGGCCUGCUUCAGUCCAUCCGUCAGCAGCACACACACGCUCUCACACACGGGUGCUCAUCUCAUUCACACGCCUUCUUGUUUGUCCACCCGGCCCACCGACGUGCUGCAGGCCAGAGUUGCGCUGACAAGAGCAAGCCGCUGCCGGAUGCUCGUCUGUACGGCCUCAACACGUGCGCCAAGUUCAUAUGGCGGUGCGGGAGGGACGCCGGGCUGCAGCACCACAUGCCCGCCAUACUGGUGGGCUGGUGGACGGGGCGGUUGACCGGUGCACUUCCAGCAGGCCCUGGCCAUCCAGCUCACCUGAUGGAUUGAUGUCCGCUCGUGUGUGUGUGUGUGUGUGUGUGCAGAGGAGCGGGUUUGGGUUGUUCCAGAAGGACGAGUCGAAGCGCGUCAAGAGGGCGGCGCUGUAUCUCAUGCUCGAGGUCAUCAAGUGCAACGCCAGGUGGGUCUGGGGUUCUGUGGGUGAGUGUGGGUGUCCACGCACAGCCAGACAGCAACAGGUACACGUGUCUUGUCUGGACUGGAUGUGUGUGGUGUUUGGCGGGUGUCAGGUGCGGCAGCCCUCUGAGUGCCCAGGAGAUGGAGAUCGACAAGCACAUCGGCAGACUCAUGGAGGAGCUCAAGUCGUUCAGGACCAAGAUGGGCCCACAGGCACAGGGCGCCCUCUACGCUCUCUUCGGUGCGCAUGGCACAUCACAUCCACACACCUCCCUCUCAUGGACAUUCAACCUGCCUCUGUGGUGUGUAUGUGUGUGUUCAGCUGGCAUGAUCGACCUGUAUGACAAUCACUUCUCCCCCCAGCAGCUGAGGGACAUCGCCAGCACCAUCAAGACGGUACGGUACGCACGAACCCACUCAGGGCAUGGCUCUUCGUCCACAAGGCGUGCACCAUGCAUGUGUGUCGGUCGUGUGUGUCUUUCCCUGUCGCUGUGUGCAGGUUAUGGAGUCCUCAAUGUCGAAUCUCUCCAAGGGCUUCGAGCCGUCGCUUAUCGAAGGUGACUCAAUGUAAUGUCAUCCCACAGAGAUAAGACACACCCACUGCUCGCCUCCUCGUCUGUGUCCAUCAGGCGUCAUGAAGGGCCUCGAGUCCCUCCUCCACAGGUAUGCAUGCUGCCUCCCCAGCCCAACACGCCGCCAUGUGCAUCCGCACGGACCUCUCCGUCCGUGUGUUUGUCUGGAUGGGAUGAAGGCAUGCCGACGCCUUCUUCCCGGCCGACCAGCCCGACCACGAGAGCCGCCAGAGGCUGUACACCUUCAUAGAGGGCACGGCCAACUACGUGCAGGGGUCGGGAGGAUCACUCGCACCCAUGGUCGGCAAGCUAAGCACGCCACACACAGAUAGAGGCGCGAGGAUCAGUCACCCUUCUCUCUGUGUUGGUGUGCAGAAAGCCGCCAUGUCAGUGUUGCGUCGACACGCCCAGCUGUUCCGCGGCCAGCUGCUGGCCGAGCUGAGGGCGGUGCCGGCAUACCGCAACAAGCGGCAAGAGGAGAGGCUGGCGGCGCGGGAGGCUGCCAAGCAGGCCAAUGCGGGUGAGGCUGCUGCGGCGGCCGAGGGACAGCCGGCGGAUUGGCAACUGAAACGGCACACCGCCGGCCCUCAGCCGGACACUGACACACAGAGCAACAGGCAGGCAGGCAGAAGGACAAGACAGUGUUUGAACACAUGAAUGGAUGGUCUCUUUGCUCGCUUGUGUGCGGGGUGCGCAUCGUUGCUGCCAUGGUAGCCCAUAGAAGCUAUGUGCAAUCCCUCCUGCAAUGAACGGAAACCACCAGAAGAUAAGAUGCCACAGAACAAGACGCAUCCAUCCAUCAGCCAGAUUCCUUUCCUCGCCUGCUCUUCUGCGUGGCCGGCACUGCCCGUACCAUCCCAUCCCUCCACCUGCGUACCAUUUGGCCUCCGACAGCCAGGGGGAGGGGGAGGAGGGGGAGUGUCGUCAGUGGGAGGGCGAGAGGGAGGGUAAUUAACUGUGUAGGAUGGGACGUACACACCAUCCAUUUGUGCCUUGCU